GAUGGCAAAGAUAGUAAUAACAAAGCAGUGUUAGAUGAAGUUUUUGAUAGUCAAAAAGCAGUUUUGCAAAUAAGAGAUUCAGGCAACCAACCAACAGAAUACAAUAAUCAACCUCACUCCUGUGAUAAGUGUGGAUUAACAGUUCCUGAAAAUGGAGAAAAGGUUAUUGUGAGGAAUAAUUUGAAGCCGCAACUAAAAAGAGAUAUGGAAGAGGGUAAAAAGAAUGAUCCUAAAGUAGGAGAAUUAGGAAAUAAACUUAUUGAAACUAUUGAGAGCGAUGUUUAUCCUAACCGAAAGAGAAAUAGGCAAAUAUGA